AUGCCGACACCAAUAGAGCAAGCGCUCAUCACACUCGUGCCGAUUCUCAAUUCCCUACCACAAGAGCUGGUCGAUCUCUCAACUUCACUCCUCGCUCAAUCACGGAACAAAGCCUCGUCACUCAAAGCAGAAGAAGAGAUUGGAAGAACAUAUGCCUGCGCACACAUUGCUGUCGAGCGACUGAGGAAUCGUCUGGAUAUCGACAAGAUUGUUGCCCGGCCACCCGUCGCUCCAAGGAUCUACAAGAAACUCUAUGGAUACCUGGAUGCGGCGUUGAAAGAGCCUGCCACACCGAGGACAAAUAGACUCAAGGAUGUAGGGGCGGUUGGUACGCCUGGAAGUGGGAGAGGGAGUAGGAGUGCACUGGGUACGCCGGUGGGUACGCCAUCCAAGACUCCUGCGAAGAUUGUGAAGAGUGCAGGCGUCACACCAUCAAAGACACCUGCAUCCGUCGCGAAGAGCGUGGGAAGCGUCACAGCUUCUGGGAGGAGGACGAGAUCAGCUGUCAAAGCUCCACAAGAGGAGGUUGUGAUACAGGACUCAGAAGAAGAAAGACAGGAGGAGUCAGCACGAGAGCAAGAGAAGGACGAUAAUCUGCCCGACCAAGUACGACCUCUAGCUGGAUUAGUAUGCGAUGCUCUCGACGUACCACAAGCCACACCGCACGUCUGCGCAGCUUUGUCUGCUAUCUUGCAAUUACGAGGUUGGAACGACAACACGCCCGAUACGAACAAGUCAACCCCUCACUCGUCGGCCAAAAAGCGAAAACGAGCAUCUACAGAUGCAGACGAGAUUGGCAUAUCCGAAGACACCUCAUCUAUCACGCCAUCAUCCCUUCCAGCCCUGAUCGCAGCAAUCUCUCUAGUCACAACCUUCACGCUGCGCAACACAGUAAUAGACGGCACAACCUAUGCUACUGCCCGCUCUUCUGCCAUGGCCGCACUCGGACCAGAUGCGCCCUCACCAAACGACGUCGAUGCUUUUCUCCACGCAAGCAAAACAGAAGGCUGGCUCGAACUCCCCUGGUUCAUGACCGUGAAAGCCACUACCAUCUCUUCCGUUCCUCAAGCACAAACGCCAAGGAAGAACAAGCCUCCUGCCAAAACACCACUACACAGAAAGGAAAAACACGCUCCUCGACCAGUGCACAAAGAUGCGGAUAUGGAUACAGUCAUGGAAGACGUGGAUGCAGAAGCCGAGGAAGAAGACAACGAUCGGCCUGGUGCGGGAUUGAGAUCAGGCUUGGGGACUAUGUUCCAGGAUUUGAUAGACUGGUUGAGUGGAGAGAGGAGAAAGCAAUACAGAAGUUGGGAGAGGAGUGUUAGGGCGAGGUGUGCUGAGAUUGAGGGACGAGCUUGA